CAGGCGGCGGCGUGGGCCGGGAAGAGCGACGGUGACCCUGGGAGCGGCGGCGAGGAGGUGGGCCGAGCGCGGGACUCCAUGUGGGCGCCGGCACGCAGGGUUGUAGCGCGGGGUCGCCAUGGCGGAGCUGCAGCAGCUGCGGGUGCAGGAGGCGGUGGACUCCAUGGUGAAGAGUCUGGAGAGAGAGAACAUCCGGAAGAUGCAGGUAGCGGGGGGGCCAUGCCCGGGAGUCCCGGCCGCUCGCAAUUCCCUUCCCGCAGCCGCGGCGCGCCGCUGCGCGUCUCCCCGCAGACCCCAGUCGGAGUAUCCUUGGGGUCGCCGCGGCGCCCUCGGAGGCACCUCUCAGCUUCAGAAUUCCUGGAGCUUCCGCCGAGCGGUUGAAAUCUAUGCUCCUUCCUCAGGCGCAAGGCCCUCCCCCCGCCCCGCAGGCCAGCUCGAAGGAGCGGGUGUUAGACCCCGGGCCAGGGGCCUCAUGUUCCGGUGUAGUGCCAGCUGUUGUGAGGACAGCCAGGCGUCCAUGCAGCAGGUACACCAGUGCAUUGAACGCUGCCAUGCGCCUCUGGCCCAAGCCCAGGCCCUGGUGACCACUGAGUUGGAGAAGUUCCAGGACCGCCUGGCCCGGUGCACCAUGCAUUGCAAUGACAAAGCCAAAGAUUCCAUAGAUGCGGGAAGUAAAGAGCUUCAGGUGAAGCGGCAGCUGGAGAGUUGUGUGACCAAGUGUGUGGAUGACCACAUGCACCUCAUCCCGACCAUGACCAAGAAGAUGAAGGAGUCUCUCUUGUCCAUUGGGAAAUAGAAGUCUUUGCAGUUGGCCAUCUGGGCUGACAGUAGGAAUCUAUUUAAAAAGAGAAAUGGACGUUUUGGUCUUUUAAGUGAAGUUUAUGAAGAAAUUAAGGAUGGCAGCAAGUUUGAGGCAUGUGUCACUUGCCUCUGGACACUGGUUCCUUUAUGUUCCAACCCUGGAAAGUGAAAUGAAAAAACUUGGUGCUAAAAUUUGGGUCAGAGAUAGCACAGGAGAGUUUUUGAUAGCCUAAAUUUCACGUGCUUGUCCUGGCACUAGGGAUCUCCCUUGUACCAAGCCAGAGCCCUCCAAGGUACCAAAUUCUCCUUAGUAUACAGUUACCAACAGGCUGGCAGGUACCUCUUAACCUUCUUGGGAUCUGGUGGUAUGAGCAGAGGUGUUUCUAAAAGGAUCACUGAAUCAUUUUCAGUCGGCUGUAAAACAAAGUCCAUGAGAUCACUAAUUUAGAAUGGAUAAAAGGUUUCAGGGUCUUUGUUUUCCUUGAUUUUAUUUUAUAUACAAGGGCAUGAAGUUGAUUUAAGAUGUGGAGUUGGGAGAGGUAGUUUGGAUAAGAACUUUCAACAGUUCUUAUGGAUAUCUGCUUCAGCCAAUGAAGAUGUGGAUAUGCAUUUCUUGAAAAACACAUUACAUCUUUCAGCUGGAAGACCCUGCAAAAACAUGAGAGGCGAUGUUACACUGGGUACGGGAAGCAGACCUUCCUUCUCAUUGGCUGCCAUGGUGGGCCCUGAGACUAUCUGCAGCAGAGCGACAGGACAAUCUUGCAGUGAUACUCUCCCUUGUAGGGAAGCAGGGGGUUGAUUGCACUAUGUAUCAGUAUCCAGGAAUGAACAUUGAAGGAGGAACUGUUGCCUUCUUAAUUAAGAGAAUUAUUAAGUACUGGAUUUGGAAGAACCUGGUUUUUAUAGAACAGAAUGGAAUGAAAUCCUAAACUCAGUAUUGCUUCUCUCUCCCCCUGAAAUAACAGAGCCCUAUUGAGCCAAUCUCUAGGCAACAGGAAGGUCAAAGGAGAUAAAGUAAGCAACUCAGGGGUGAGCUCUGUGAUUCCUUUAAAGCAAAAAGAGGGGCAACCCCCCCCCAUUACCAAAUAUCACUUUUGCUUGGGGCCUUUGCAGCAAGCAGUGUUCCUGCCCUAGCUCUAGCACCUUUUCAUUUUGAUAAAGACCUUAUUGUCUUUCUACCAUCUUACUACUUGAAAUGAUAAUAUAGCCUGUGUUUGGUGUUUUGAGGCUGUGAUAUAUUUUCCUAGCGGUUCUGUUUUAAAAAAUAAAUAAGGUUUAGUUUUUCCUCCA